GAGGAUAUAAAAGACACAAAGUGCGCGAAUUUGACUUAUAGCAACGAGUGAUCAACGUUUAAAAGUAUACACUGUAGAGAAAGAAAAUGCCAGAAAUCAGAAUGCCUGCGUCCCAGGAGAUCGGAGUAAUAGGGAUCCCAUUCAGUAAAGGGCAGUCACGUCAUGGGACAGACAUGGCGCCCCAGAAGCUCAGAGACGCCGGGCUGAUAACGAAAUUAGAAGAGCAGGGCAUCAAUGUAACCGACUAUGGAGAUCUCCCAUUGGAAACACAUCCAAAUGACCUCCAGAUCGGAAACACCAAGAAUCCAAAAACCGUAGGAGCCGCAUCGGAAAUGAUUGCCAAAUCGGUUGAAAACAUUCUGAAGGAAAACAAGACAGUCCUAGCUCUGGGAGGGGACCAUAGUAUGGCCAUAGGCUCCAUAUACGGACACUGGAAGGCUCAACCAGAUGUUGUCAUCAUCUGGAUCGAUGCACAUGCAGACAUAAAUACACCGCUGACAUCCGGAAGUGGUAAUAUGCACGGGAUGCCGCUGUCGUUUCUCAUUAAAGAACUCGACCAGUAUGUACCGGAACUCCCGGGCUUGGAGUACGUUAAACCUUGCAUCCCAGCAAAGAACCUUGCCUACAUCGGUUUACGGGAUGUGGACCCUGGCGAGAGGAAAAUUAUUGAAAUGCUUGGUAUCCCAGCAUUCUCAAUGCAGGAAGUUGACAAAUUCGGUAUUAAGGAAGUCGUGGAGAUGGCAUUGAAAGCUGUAGACCCUAUAGGUGACAAGCCGAUUCAUUUGAGUUUUGACGUGGAUGCACUGGACCCCACGCUGAUGCCCAGUACGGGGACCCCCGUACACGGCGGACUGUCUCUGAGGGAGGGACUAUAUAUUGCGGAGGAGAUGGCAGCCACAGGGCGGAUGUCUGUGGUCGAUAUUGCAGAGGUCAACCCGAUGUUGGGUGACGAAAAUGACGUCGCCAAGACAAUAAAUAUGACUUUGGAGGUGAUACAGCGGUGCUGUGGACGGAGGCGGAGGGGAGGCUACCCACCAGGCUACAAAGUACCGGUCCCGGAGUCGUCAUAGGUACACGUGAUAUCACGCGCAAAUCAGAGAGAAAUGGGAUCAUAUUGACAAUUGAGUUUGAGAAUUAGGAAAGAUAGUUCGCUCAUCGGAAAAUUUGAGAAUUACAAAUGAUAACACAUCUGAAAGUAGGGCGCGACCCGGGAAGGGGCGUUACCUGGGAAGGGGCGUUACCUGGGAAGGGGCGUUACCUGGGGGCGUAUCCUAGGAAGUGGAACUGAGGAGGGGUGUUACCUGAGAAGGGACAUGAACUUUCUCCCGGAUUGCAAUCGUUAUAAUGGUAUCAUAUAUUAUUACACUGACUUCUGUUUGUUUCCACUCAAUCAUUGUUAUCGCUCAUUUUCGACGUUGGUAUUUACAUGCCACGCCUGUUGUACAUUUCCUCCUUGAUGUGGCCCCGCCCACCUCGUUGGCGGUCUUCAUUAACACGUAUUGUCUUUAAAGUUACUUAUAAACCACUGCCUUAAUUGUAAUUAUGUUGUAAAUAAUUUCUAUACGUUUAUAUAAAAUGUUUGGAGAGCUUACAAGUUUAUUCUAGAGAAGAUACGAUAGUUGGUGUGUACAUUCUAGCUCUUAGUAGCGAUAUGAUAUUCAUGUUUAAUUUUGUUAAGGAUAUUUGAAUUUUAUUUCUGAUCAAACAUCCAAAUAUCUUAUCCAUUUCAAGAUCUAGGAAUGUGUAGUAUAUUAUCGCGAUUGAAACUCCUUGGUAUUUAUUAUGUGAGAAUCAUAAUCCUAUAACAUCUGUCAGUCAUAUGCUAUUGGUAGAAGUUAGACCGGUGAUCUUUGUGUUUUACGCAGAUGAAGACAUGUGAUAUUUGUUUGAUCUUCGGACGUUCAGACCAGAGAUAUUUAUUUGUUUGAUCUACGGACGUUCAGACCGGUGACAUUCAUGUGAUCUACGGACGUUCAGACCGGUGAUACUGAUGUGAUCUACGGAUGUUCCGACUGAUGAUAUUGGUGUGAAAUGCGGACUUUGAGACAGACGAUAUUAAUGUGACCGACGUUCAGACAGGACAGAGGUGAUAUCGGUAUUAUUUACGGUAGUUAAGACAGGUGAUACAAUGUAAUCUAUAAGCAUUAAGAUAUAUGAUAUUGGUAUUAUCUACGGACGUUCAGACGUGUAGAAUUUAUACAAGUUUCUAUAUGCACACCAACAUGGACACAGGUCACACUGGUGUGAGAGUUAUAUAUCAUAUGCAACACGAAUGUCUCAUAUACCAUAAUAUUAAUGAUACUCCAAAUUGGUUACCAAGUUGGCAAAUAAACUGUUAUUGUUAAUGAA